AGCCGGGCACCAGAGGAGAUCUUGAGAGUCCCUUUGGCGGGAGGCGGGCGUUCAAAGCAGCGACCCGCUCAGCCUCUGCCCCUCCGCUGUGGCGGUUGCAAGCAAGCCCACUCCUCGCUCGCUCUUUCUCCCGAUCAGCGGCUGUCAAGGGAAGCGAGCGAGUAAGCGAGCGACCCCCCGGGUUUAGAGGAUGCUUCAGUUCCUGGCAAGACGAGCAGCCUAAGCCCGGUCCCGGGGGAACCCCUGGAGCGGAGCAAUCCCCGCCCGCCCACCGGCCCGCUCGCCGGAGCGCCGCGCCGACGCUUCCCUGGAGCCUCCCGACCGGCGGCUUCUCAGCGCCUGGAGCUCCCACGGCUGCUUCUCUCGCCUUUUUUCAUUGGUCGGUGAUGUAUGCAUUUACAUCGCCUCCGAACUUUUCCGAAGAACAGCUUGACUCUAGGUUAUGGCUAAGUCAGAAAGUCAGAUGGAUAUAACUGAAAUGAAUUCCCCAAAACCAAAGAGAAAACUGCACUGGAGUCCACUGGAAAUUGGACUUGCUGCUGUAGUGCUGCUUCUUGCCAUAGUGGCCAUCACCAUGAUCAUUCUGUAUGCAACCUAUGAUGAUGGUAUUUGUAAAACUUCAGACUGUAUAAAAUCAGCUGCCCGACUCAUUGAGAACAUGGAUACAACAGCAGAACCUUGCAAUAAUUUUUACCAGUAUGCUUGUGGAGGAUGGUUAAAAAAGCACAUUAUACCAGAAACAAGUUCCCGUUAUAGUAAUUUUGAUAUUUUAAGAGAUGAACUAGAAGUUGUUUUGAAAGAUGUUCUUGAGAAGAAAGACAGUAAUGAUAUAGAUGCUGUUGCAAAAGCAAAAACACUCUAUAGAUCUUGUAUAAAUGAAACUGCCAUUAACAGCAAAAAAGGGAAACCACUAAUUAACUUAAUGACCAACAUUUCAGAAUGGCCUAUAGCAGCAGAAAACUGGGACGGCUCCACGUGGAGUGCAGAGAAAUCCAUUGCAGAGUUAAAUUUUCAAUUUGGGAGAAAAGUCAUCAUUAACAUGUUUGUUGGUACUGAUGAUAAAAACUCCUCACAACAUGUACUUCAUGUUGAUCAACCAAGACUUGGACUUCCUUCCCGUGAUUACUAUGAAUGCACUGGGCUAUACAAAGAGGCCUGUUCAGCCUAUGUUGGUUUCAUGAUUUCUGUAGCAAAGUUAAUUCGCCAAGAAAGAAAGCUCCCCAUCAAUGACACUGAAAUUUCUGCAGAAGCAGAGAGGAUAAUGGCUCUUGAGCAAGAAAUUGCAAAUGUCACAACCAAAGAUGAAGACAGAAAUGACCCACUUUUGCUAUACCACAAAAUGAAGCUGAGUGAUCUCCAAAAAAACUUCUCCAUGGAAAUCAAUAAUAAGACAUUUGACUGGAUAAAAUUCGUAAAUAAUAUAAUGACAACAGUGGCAAUUGAAGUUAAAAAUACAGAAGAUAUAAUUGUGUAUGCUCCAGAAUAUUUAAUCAAGCUGAAGUCUGUCAUUUCCAAUUACAGUCCCAGAGAAAUUCAAAACUACAUAAGUUGGAGAUACAUCAUGGAUAUGGUGAGCAGCUUAAGUAGUGACUACAAGGACACAAGAAAUAAUUUCCGUAAGGUUUUGUAUGGCACAACCUCAGAUGCUGCAAUCUGGCGCCGUUGUGCAAACUACGUCAACAGCAUUAUGGGGAAUGCUGUGGGGAGACUUUACGUCCAAGAAGCUUUUGCUGGAGAGAGUAAACAUGUGGUUCAAGAAAUGAUUGCACAGAUCCGCGAAGUUUUUAUUAAAACACUGGAAGAACUUUCUUGGAUGGAUGCAAAAACCAAACAGAAAGCAGAAGAAAAGGCUGUGGCAAUUAAAGAACGAAUUGGCUACCCUGAUGAGAUUCUGACAAAUCCUGACAAAUUAAACCAGGAGUACAAAGGUUUGAAUUACAAGGAAGAAGAAUAUUUUGAGAACUUGAUUGAGAACUUGAAAUUUGGCCAGAAGGAAAGACUAAAGAAACUUAGAGACAAAGUGGACAAAGAUGAAUGGAUAACUGGAGCUGCUGUUGUCAAUGCGUUUUAUUCACCUAGCAGGAAUCAAAUUGUUUUUCCUGCAGGUAUCUUGCAGCCACCCUUCUUUAGUGCAUCACAGCCUAAGUCCCUGAAUUUUGGUGGAAUUGGCAUGGUCAUUGGACAUGAAAUCACCCAUGGCUUUGAUGACAAUGGAAGAAAUUUUAACGCAGAAGGGGACCUCAUAGACUGGUGGAGUCAAGAAUCUGCAAACAAUUUUAAAAGUCAGUCUCGGUGCAUGAUAUAUCAGUAUGGGAAUUUCACAUGGGAUCUAGCUAGUGGACAAAACCUUAGUGGAAUCAAUACUCUUGGUGAAAAUAUUGCUGACAAUGGAGGCAUUAGACAAGCAUACAGGGCCUAUGAAUCUUAUGUACAGAAGAAUGGAGAAGAGAAACUGCUUCCUGGGCUUGACCUCAACCAUAAACAACUAUUCUUUCUGAAUUUUGCACAGAUAUGGUGUGGGACAUACAGGCCAGAAUAUGCUGUCAAUUCUAUUAAAACUGAUGUACACAGCCCUGGCAAAUUCAGGGUUCUGGGAUCAUUGCAGAACAACUUGGAGUUUUCUGAGGCCUUUAAAUGUACUGAUAAAGAUUAUAUGGAUCCUGUGAAAAAGUGUCGUGUUUGGUAACAAUGCUACACAUAGCAGAAGCGAAGAGGAACAAGAAAUCUGGAAUGUUUUAAGCACAAUAGAAGUGACUUUGCAGCAAAAGGGACCAUAAAAAGGAUAUAUCAGGUGCACUAAUAAAGUGGAUUUUUUUUAGUAAAGACAACAAAAAAGCCUUGCUCAGAAAGCAUCACCCAGCAGUUUAUUCUGAUUAAACUAGGAAAAUGAUAAAGUGCUCCAAGUAGGAGUUUCAUUUUUUUAAGAUCCUUCCUACUUUCCACUCAGUGUUCAGCUUUUACAUUUUAAUUUGUUCAUUAACACAUUUGUUUAAAAGCAAAUCCCACCAAUUUCAGUGGAACUUACUUUCAGAGGUGUGUACUCAAUUUGAACAAUCCGAGUCACAUAAAUGUGUUCUUAACUUUGAAAACAGAUGAAAAAAGGGAAUACCAAACAAUGCAAAAGCUUGAAUGUGAAAUGUAGUGAGUGUGAGAUUUAGAACCUUUCCCAUUUUUCAUCACACACUUGUUUUUCAGAAAUGGCCUUAGGAGCUUUAGUACCCAGAAAAAAAUGUGUGGGCCUUAAGUUAAUAUACCCUGAAACCCAUUGGAAUCUGGAUACUUUCUUAUUGCACUAAUGGUAGCUGUUAAGUAGAGUCACCUGUAACAACUUUGGCUCUCCAUAUAGUGUAUAUCCUUCCUACACAAGAAGAUGUACAGAGUCAGAGGUUAUGGAUGAAUGGAGUGUGCAAUCACAUGUGCAGUGAUAAUGUGUGCCUAUCACAACCUGUUCUAUAUGCCAUUACUUUCUGGGUUGGAGAUUAAUGGUAGGCAUUGACCCAUCACUGGAUAAAAGAAAAAUAGGCAAGCCCUGUUGUCUUUCAACCUAAUGUCACCUAUUUUUAUAUUCAUAAGUGACGAGUCACAUGGUGAAGGAUCUGUUGCUUCCUCUCAAUUUCACACUACAUAUAGGUCUUCUUUUUCUUCCAGAUGGAGGCUCUCUGUGGGCUCCAUUUUAAAACCUCUUCUCUGCCUGUUCCUUUCUAUUUGAAUCUCUGUUCCUCAAAACAAUCCAAAGACAACUUGAUACUCUAAGAGAAGGGAUUAAGUAUUGACCAAAUGUGUUGCUUGUUGCUUUCUAAAACCAAACAAUACUGUAGAUAAUUUAUUAAUUUUUAGCAUAUCUUAUAAUUAGUGCAGGUGGAAUCAAAUUCCUUCAUGUUUUUUCUAAGAUUCUCCUGUUUUUUCUCAAAUUUUGGUCAUUUUUUUAAAAAAGACAAACUUGUUUGUAAAAUUAUACAAUGUAAUGCUUUUUUAUAUUUAAUUCUGAACUAUUCUGGUCCUGAAUGAGUGCAUACCAUUGGAAUGUCAGGGUACAAACAUUCUUUAAAUGGUUAAUUUUCAAUAAAAGGCCCUUUAGUAAAAGGAUGUGUUGAUAUAGGGACUGAAUUUGAAAUAAGCUUUGAAGAUAAUGAAACACUGGGACAUAAAUACUUAACACAAAUAAUGUUCAUGAUUGUUCUAAAUCAGCAGAAUCUUUGCUUCAGUUAAUAAUGUUCUCUAUGCGGGAGUGUAUAUGUCUGGAUUCAUAAUAAUAAAAAUACUUAAAAAUCUGCUGAUAUGCCUUCCUGCAAAGAGACAAGAAACAUAUUGCUUCUGAUAUUGAAGUACACCAAGAUUUCCAAAAUAAAUGAAUAAAUACCAGAAUACCUCAGAUGGCUUGACUGAGUCUGUUUCUGAGCAUCUAAAGAUUUUAUGUGCAUUUGAAUUUUCACAUUUGUCAUCUGAUGAACCAUUUUGAUAAUUAAAUUUAAGAAACAUUUA